AUGGCUGAUAUUCUCAAUGAUGAUACCUUGCAGAAGACUGAUAGUAGUUGGAAAAAGAGUGGGACAUAUUAUAUUACAACCUCCUACCUACAACCUUUGAUGCUUUGGACUGGAGUAAUGCUCGUUUGCAGGUCAUUUGAUCCUUUGGUUCUUUCUUCAAUAGCUAGUCAGUCUGUCAAGCAACGACUGUUGAACUUUGUGCGCUCACUGUCCACAGUUCUUGCCUUCGCCUACUGUUUAUCAAGCUUGAUUCAGCAAACCAAGAACUUUUUUAUGGAGACAAAAGAUACUGCUGAUUCAAGAAAUAUGGGCUUUGAUUUUGCGGGAAAAGCUAUAUACACUGCAGUAUGGGUUGCUGCUGCAUCAUUGUUUAUGGAGUUGCUUGGGUUUUCAACUCAGAGGUGGCUUACUGCCGGGGGGCUUGGAACAGUAUUACUAACCCUUGCUGGUCGUGAGAUUCUUACAAAUUUCCUUUCAAGUGUCAUGAUCCAUGCAACACGACCAUUUGUUCUAAAUGAUUGGAUUCAAACUAAGAUCGGAGGCUAUGACAUAUCUGGUAACGUUGAGAAUGUUGGGUGGUGGUCUCCAACAGUUAUACGAGGUGAUGACCGUGAAGCAGUUCAUAUUCCUAGUCACAAGUUCACAGUGAAUGUAGUGAGGAAUCUUAGCCAGAAGACUCAUUGGCGUAUAAAAACCCAUCUUGCUAUUAGUCACCUUGAUGUGAAUAAGAUCAAUAGCAUUGUUGCUGAUAUGCGCAAGGUUGUGGCCAAAAAUCCUCAAAUAGAGCAGCAGAAAUUGCAUAGAAGAGUAUUUCUGGAUAAUGUAGAUUCAGAAACUCAGGCACUCAUGAUAUUGGUGUCUUGUUUCGUGAAGACCUCACGUUUUGAGGAGUACCUCUGUGUAAAGGAAUCCCUCUUGCUUGAUCUCCUUAGAGUGAUUAGUCAUCAUGGGGCUCGGCUUGCUACUCCUAUUCGUACAGUACAAAAAGUAUAUAGUGACCCUGAUGUGGGAACUGUUCCAUUUGCUGAUACCAUAUUCACUCGUACCAGAGCUGAAGCUAAUCGUCGUUUGCUGCUUCUUGGGGCAUCUUAUAAAGUUAAUGAUGAUGAUAAAAGUAGGACUCCAGAUAAUUCUGUACAACCUGAUGAAGCAAAUGAUGAGAAAGUUGAAGCUACCUUACUAUUUGACUCCAAGGUGGAAGGCAAGACUGGACCACCAUCACCUGAUGAGAAAAUGGAUGUUAUGGAUUCAGGUGAAAAAAACUCUGUGAAGCAGACACUGGAUGGUUCAGUUUCCAAAGAGCAAUCAGCUGUUGCGAGUCCAAAGAGAGAUGGUGUGUUGUCUGAAGGAUUGGAUGUUACUGGAAUACAGCGCCCCUCUCCUCAAGAAGCAAGAAGUGAUGAGGGAGCUGUAGUCUCUACCAAUUCACAGGCAACGCCAGAUAUGGGAAGACAAAGUUCAUCUCCUCCAGCUUCAAAAACUAGUCUGGACGACAACAUUGUUCUUGGUGUAGCUUUAGAAGGCUCUAAAAUGAUGCUUCCUAUUGAAGAAGAGCUGAUGCCACCUCCCACCCUGUCAGAGGUGGAGCUGGCCUCCCACCGGAAUGGGAAUGGGUUGGCUAUUGUCGACAAGAAGGAUGACAAUGGCGAAGCUCCUAGCAGAGGACCUCUUUGA